AUGAAAGACUACAAGUCCCGGCAUGCCUUUCGGCGUCCAUGCGUCGCCAAGGUGGGCGUGGCUUGCCGUUUGUCCCUCGCGGCUCGCCGUACGAUUCCUGUUUCCUGUCGGCAGUGGCUGCGUCCUUAUUGCGGUAACUAUAAUAGUAUUUCAUAAAACGCGGCUGGUAGUAAAUAAGGCGGAAUGUGGGCUCAAAAACUCAUCCUGGGGAUAUGUAACAGCUUCAACUCCCAUGAUGCAUUGUCAACAGUCAGGGUGGCAAAGCAUCAUGGUAGUUGUAGUUCUAGGAAAGCUGGGGAGCUCCCCUUUGUUUAUUUAAAGCUAAAUCAGCUUUAUUAGCUAUUCUUGGAUCAAGUGUAUCCAUGGCAACCUAGCCAGCCAGUAGUAGCAGCCUAGUAGCCCUUUAACCCUGACAGUGCCAUGUGGGCCCCUGAGAGCCCUUUUCUGGUACCAAGGGCUGGUAGAUCUACUCUGCUUUCCUGGACACCAUCACUAUUGCCUCAUGGUGUUGGGCAGAGCAUGAAAAGUGCUGCAUGGAACCUCAGUGAUUACACACAGCGCAUUUUAAUUCUGAAUACUACAGGGCAUCACUUUUCCUGGGCUGCCCAUCACUAUUUGAAAUUCACUGUGACCCUGAUAUUUGAUUUGCCAACUGCAAUAUUUUUAAUUAUUGUGAAUAGCCGCAUCUGUAUGACUUAAGACUAACAUACCCCUGUUUGUUUUUGUUUAACUGUUGGUACCAAAUUGUUUACAGGGCUAUUCGCUACAGGGAGUUUAAAAAGAAUUUUACAGCUACAGGAACAAUAUAGUGUCAGGAAUACAAACCCGUAGUUCUAAUAUCACUAUUUAGGUCACCGCCCCUCUAACCCCAGCAGGAAAGUGAAAGUGUUAAAACUUACUUUUAUUCCAGAGCCGCGCUGGUCUGAUCGCGGCUGGCCCCUCUCUGCUCCUUGGCUGAGAUCAUCAAAAUUGACAAUCUCAACCAAUCCAAUACUGGGAAGCUAUAGUGCAUGCGUGGCAAAACACCUCUUUGCGCCAAUCAGUAUUUCCUCAUAGAGAUGCAUUGAAUCCAUGCAUCUCUAUGGGAAAUGUUCAGCGCCUCCAUUCGAAAAGGCAGUGUUUACAUGAAAAAGUUUUCAGGGACAUACUAUACACAAAGUUUUCAGGGACAUACUAUACACACCAGAACAACUACCUUAACCUGUAGAUGUUCUGGUGACUAUAGUGUCUCGUUAAUGUGACUAUGUUUACAUUUGUUGUUGUUUUGUCUUUGUUAUUUUUAUGUUUUUGUCUAAUAUUUAAAAUUCACUUUGAAUUCACCAGAUUCCACACUUUAGUGUUACCCUGAUAUUUGAGUUGUUGUGUUAGUGCUAUAAAGUCGAUGUAAAAUAAUGAAGUAUUGCAGUUUCUUAGUCCAAUAAAAAGAUGUUAAAAUAAACUGCAACAGUUUAUUAUUGUAAAUAACCGUGUCUGUUUGACUUGACUGCCUUCAUAUAUGCUUUUUAAUCCGUGUGAAUUGAUGAUUAAAUGAACUCUCGCCCUGAACUAGUUUAUUAAUAGCUAUACUAGUAAUCAUAUAUUAAAUCAACUGCUGAAUGGCAAAAUUAGAGCCAAAAAUCAACAUGUUUGGGGGGGUUAAUGGGAGAAUUUCUAUUUUUUUCAGUUAAGUUAGUCUUGUUAUGUUUGUUUUUUUAAUUUGGUUGUCAGUGGGCCACAAUCAGCUGUUCAGUCCCCUAAGAUUAAUUGUCCCGUUGUUCUACAUGUCAUUUGUGUUUUGUUUUUUCGAGCUAUUUUUGAACGUCUAACUUCUCUGCUUUACAGGAAUCAUGUCUAUGUCACAUCUGUACGGCAAAGAUGAAGACAGUGAUGGAGUGGAGAUGGAGAAUUUUGAGAUCACCGAUUGGGAUCUAGCCAAUGAGUUUAACCCCAACCGCCGGCGGCACUUUCAAACAAAAGAAGAGACAACUUAUGGCAUAUGGGCAGAUAGGGACUCUGAUGAUGAGAGGCCUAGCUUUGGUGGAAAGAGGUACGUUCUCUUGUAAUGUGCAGUUACAAUGGAUUUAAGUUGUCAAACAAACGAACGAAAGGGCAGUUUCUCUGCGGUAAUAAAAUGCACCUAUAAAUAAGCAGGAUAAUUUCGGAAAAGCAAUCUAUAUAAUUUACAAAAAUAUCCAUCAGUAAUCUAUAUACAUAUAUAUGCAAUAUAAUUGCCAAAUCACUUAUCAGUAAGUCCAAAGAAUGGGAUAACCAUCUGGAAAAUCACAAAUCUGUAUUGGAGAAAAAUUUACAAUAGAGCAUCAUAUCUGCUAAAUAUUGAACUGCCUUCACCUUCCCCCUGGUGAGUAUUGCCCUUCCCCAUUGUUGAGACAAUCACUCUUGUCCCACGGUAUAGUCGCUUAAACAGUUCUCCUGUUCCUUUGAUGUAACCUGUAAUUGCUGCUUGCAAUAGCGUAAUAUCACCAAUCUAGAUCUGUUCACCUUUUGUGUGGACAUGCAGUCUACCCCAUAGAAUAGCCCAGGAUGAGAACCAUGGUAUACAAUCAACUUCUUUAUUCUAUUCACAAAACAUGUAUAAAAACCUGAAUUUGCGAUCCUUAAAUUGCAUUCUUUCUUCAUUUGGCAUCCAGUGGCAUCCCGAGAGAAUGUUCUCAUAUACACUUCCUUUCGUACUUUGUUCGGGUUACAUCACCGCUUCAAAGAAUAGACAGUCUAGGCACUAGAAAGAAAGUCUGAUUUAAAUAGUAUUUCAAUAUUGCUUUAAAAUUUCUAUAGUUGGAUACCUUCAUAUAGCAUUCAUUGAUUGUUUCUAUAAAUAAGGUUUGAAUAUUGUUUGUAGUGUUUUUAUGCAACACAUAGUUUAAAUGGACUCUCUAGUAUUAGAAAUAAAUCUAUUAAUUUCUAACAUUGGAAUGUUGAAAAGUUCAUUUAGUUUUGGGCCAUCCCCACAAUGUCCUAAAAAAGCUUUGAUUUACUUCUGAUCCAGUGGCGAUACUGUUGCCCCGAUGCAGCUCUGCUUCACUAUCGGGAGAUCAUCGCUUGUCAUGAUCCUAUCAGCUAAUCCCAUGCCCCUUAAAGAGAAGCAUUGGGACACAAGACACAUUGGUGGAAUUCACCACAAUUUAUUCACCACAAAAGAUUCACAUGGAAAAGCAUUGCAACAAGUGCUCCUCUAUGAAAAGCCCUCACCUCCACUCUGCGAGAGAACUCAGUGAGUGAGGAAGAACAUUAUAAGAGCUUUAUGCAGGGAUGUGUGGGAAGGAAAAAAAAAGUUCAAGGGACUAAACCAGCAGCCCAUCAACUUGUCCUGACACACAACAUUUUUGCAACCCCUUAAGGACCAAACUUCUGGAAUAAAAGGGAAUCAUGACAUGUCACACAUGUCAUGUGUCCUAACCCCUUUAGGACACAUGACAUGUGUGACAUGUCAUGAUUCCAUUUUAAAGCCGAGUGGAAAAACGGAUGUAAAAAAAAAAUAAAAAAAAAAAAAGCUGAUUUGGAAAAAUUCUUAAUAUUUAACUUUCCUGCCUCCUUUUUUUUAUUUAAUGUGCAUAACCCUGAGUGUACAUCCCUAAAGAUCUCUAUGGUAUGUGUUUUUGUGUGUCCCUAUCUGGUGUGUGCUGGCUGUGUAUAGUGUGUGGAUGCGGUGCACGUAUGUGGAUGUAGUGUGUGUAGAGGAUGUCUGUAAUGUGUGUCGAUGUAGUGUGUGCAAUGUGUGUGGAGGAUGUCUGUAAUGUGAGGGGGUAUAGUGUGUGCAGUGUGUAUGGAGACUGUCUGUAAUGUGUGAAUGUGGUGUGCGACAAUGUGUGUGUUGGCUGUGUGUAAUGUUUGUUGAUGUAGUGUGUGGAGGCUGUCAUAUGUGUGAUAUAGUGUGUGGAGGCUGUCUGUAAUGUAAGUGGAUGUUGUGUGUGCAGGUGUAUGGAGGCUGUCUGUAAUGUAUGUGGAUGUAAUGUGUGUGGAGGUGGUCUGUAAUAUGUGUGGAUGUAGUGUGUGCAAUGUGUGUUGGCUGUCUGUAAAGUGUGUGUUGGCUGUCUGUAAUGUUUGUUGAUGUAGUGUGUGAGUGUGUGCAAUGUGUGUGGAGGCUGUCUGUAAUAUAUGUGAUAUAGUGUGUGGAGGCUGUCUGUAAUGUAAGUCGAUGUUGUGUGUGCAGGUGUAUGGAGGCUGUCUGUAAUGUAUGUGGAUGUAAUGUGUGUGCAAUGUGUGUGAAGGCUGUCUGUAACGUAUGUGGAUGUAGUGUGUGCAAUGUGUGUGUUGGCUGUCUGUAAUGUAUGUAGAUGUACCAAAUAGUGGCAGCAUUCACUCAGUCAGAGCACAGCCACCAGGAUUCCCAGCCUGAGCUCAGACACAUUGGUGAGCAAUUACUAUGGUCCUCUGGGGGUGCAUGCCACACACUUUCUGCCCCUACCUCCUUGUACACCGGUGGCAGCUCUGCCGCCUACCCAUGUCAGAGCCAAAAGCCCCAAAUUAUCUGCUGCCAAGCCCUGGAACUACAUGUGUUGGUUAUAAAAGUUCAGAUUUCUAUAAAAUAAAAAAGAGAGGAUCUUCGGUUAACACCUGAAGCACUCCAGCAGGCUUACUUUCUUUAUGGGUCUGGAGUAUUCUUUUAACCGCUCUGUGUAUUUUGCAGGAUGAGGUAGAUGUUUUAAUGUGACUGAUUCUGUUUCGUUUUCUCCUAUUUAGAUCCAAAGACUAUUCUGCUCCAGUUAAUUUUAUCAGUGCUGGGAUCCGCAAGCCUGCAGCGGAGGAGAAAUCUGGAAGUGAUUCAGAUGAGGAACCUCCGUCAAGAAGGGAUGAAUUCCCAAAGGAAUUUGAAACAAAGAAACUGAAAACGGUAAGUUGUUGUAAAGAGGGCUAGAUUGUGACAUCGUAUGUAGAAAGUGCCAUAUUCCUUCUCUACUGGGACGGAAAUCUUUAAAACUAAUCACAUUUUUUUAUGUGCUUUCUGUUUGUUUUGCAGGGUGGAAAUUUUAAACCAUCACAGAAGAUUUUUGCUGGAGGAAUAAAGUCCAAUACAGAUUUUGGUUCUUGGGAGCGACACACCAAGGGGAUUGGCCAAAAGCUUUUGCAGAAAAUGGGUUAUAAACCUGGUAGAGGAUUGGGGAAGAAUGCUCAAGGUACGAACAGAGGAGAAGUUUUUACUGUAAUUGCUCUUUCAUUGACAGCUAAUCCUGCACUUUCCCAGUGCUGACCUUUUUUGGUUUUGUUUCCAUUAAAUGACGUACUAUCCAAUGCAUAUUGAAACAAGAAAAAUUAAUUUAAACAUUACUUUUCAGAACACCCAUUCUGUCUGUGUUUAUUUAUUUAUAUUUUGGGGAAACCACUUGGUAGUGAAAUUCUAAUUGUCUUUUUGCGCAGGUAUCAUUGCCCCUAUCGAGGCCAAACAGAGGAAAGGUAAAGGAGCUGUUGGAGCAUACGGGUCCGAGAGAACCAAGCAGUCAUUAAAGGAUUUCCCUACUGUAGAUUCAGAGGAAGAAGAAGAGAAGGUGCGUGUAAAGAACUAGUUUUUAGUGUAGUAUGUGCACCCUUUAUCCUGUAUGGUCGAAGGAUCACCCCUUUAAGCCAUGUUCCAUAGGUACUUUGGUUUUAAUGCAGACCAUAAAAUAUGUGAGUCCUUUGAGACUAUAGGAUGAUUUAAAGUUGGUACUAGAACAGUGGUUAUAUAGAUGCAGCAAUCUGCUUUACAUUGCAUGAAUAUUUAUAGUAAGUAUUAGGGAUAUGCCGACUAUUGUUGAACAAUCCACUUUUAUGUACUGUGCUGUCUAAGAGUAAUUGGAGCUUUGCUAAGUAACAGCAUUGUAGAUUCAAGGAUAACAGUAACCACAGUAUGAACUGACUGCCUGAAAUUGAUAGGAGUGUUUUCCGUCGACAUAUUCUGUUAAUGUCAGACUUGUGUAGUAAUUGUGUUGCUUUUUCACAACUUUAAAUGUACAGAAUAUCAGUACCAGUUAUCGGCAGUCAACCGAAAGGCAACCAAUAAUCUGUAUCAGCAUCGGCUCUGAAAAAACGAUGUCAGUCAAUUCCUAGGAAGUUUGUAUUUUUGCAAGUUGCUUAUUUUUAAAAGCAAUAAAAAGGGCUUAAUAGAGUAUAGAUUUAAAUGCACUUUAUGAGUUUCCCAGCACUGAAAGACAUUCUUCUGGGCUUGGGACAUCCCUUCCUCAUUGCAUGCCCCAAUUAUUAGUGCAGCUAAGCAUAUAGAGUCCUUGCACUACAAUAGGAUGAUAGCAGUCCUGGUAAAAGAGAUGUUCUUAAUAUUUUACUCUAAUUUGCAGGAAUUUCAGAAAGAGUUGAGUCAAUGGAGGAAGGAUCCAAGUGGAGGCAAGAAAAAACCUAAAUAUGCCUACAAGACAGUGGAAGAGCUAAAAGCCAAGGGCAGGGGAACUAAAUCAUUAUCCGUUCCUCAGAAGGAAAUAUCCCAAGUCAAGGUAAGUUGGGGACAGAUGGUCUCAUGAUUCUCAUUCUAAUUGUGUAGAUGCGGUAUAGAUUACAUUUUCUUCAACUGCUUAUUUAUCUAUUAAUUAGCAGGCGAGUGAAUUAAAUGCAGUAGCUUGUGCCAAAAGAAAAACUCUCUAAAAAGUAACUUGCUUUCUUUGGAAGGUUUAAUCUGAAACAAAUGGCUUUUAUUUAUUUCACAUCUAGUGUUAUUUUACAGCUAGUGAGUAGGCCCGAUAAUCUCAGGGUUAUGUGUUGUCUGAAAAAAUAAAAACUAUAUGGAUUCCUGAAUAAUUAUGUGUGUGCAUGUAUGUAAAACCAAAACACUUAAUCCUGUUCCCAGAGACUGCAGACGCACUAAGAAUAGACUCAUCUGUAUAUGAGGUAGCAAUGUGUGAUCAUUUGGAGAUAAUUCAGUUAUCAUUUACUAAAAGAUUUAGAACAUAGCAUAUAUGUGCCAAGUUAUCCGUCUUCCUUUGUAUAUGCAUUAUUUUAAUUUUUAAGUGAAAUUCCUAUGGCUGAGUAAAAUGUUACAUUGCAAACGGUUUGUCAAAGGACCCACCAACAGGCAUUUGAGGAUUAACCUAACUGUAUACAUGUUUAAAUAAAACAGACAACUACUGAUUAUCUGCUGAAUAUUGUGACGUACCUCUUUGAUGGUGGACCUAAGGGUCAAAUUUGAGUCAUGGUUAAAGGAUUCUGAAAUAGUCAAUGCACUGAACAUUUCAUGAGCAAGGCCAUAGUGAUGGUUUUAUAUGUAUUUCUUCUUUCAGGUGAUUGAUAUGACCGGUCGGGAACAGAAGGUGUAUUACAGUUACAGCCAGAUUUCCCACAAACACAAUAUGCCGGAAGAUGGCUCUGUACCGGGUGUGAAGGAGGAGAAGCUCCAGGGCUUUGUUCUUCCAGAGCUGGAGCACAACCUGCAGCUGCUGAUAGACAUGACGGAGCAGGAGAUAAUUCAAAAUGACCGUCAGCUGCAGUAUGAGAAGGACAUGGUGAUCAACCUCGCUCACGAGUUGGACAAAUUGUCUGGGGUCCUUGAGCGAGAGGAGAAGGCCAUUUAUAACCUAAGCCAGGUGCUACAGACAGUGGAGGCUUGUGAGCAAAGGAUGCAACCAAAUUGUGAUAAUCCUUUGACGCUUGACGAGUGUGCUCGGAUCUUCGAGAUGCUCCAGGAAAAGUAUUAUGAGGAGUAUAAAAUGUCUGGGAGGGCAGACCUGGCUGUGGCCAUUGUCUACCCACUAAUGAAAGAGUUUUUCAAGGACUGGAACCCAUUGAAGGUAAGUGUUAAGAAUUGAAUGACUCUUUGGAUAUGUGUAAGCAGCCAGCAGAAAAGGAGAUCCUGGUUUCUUGGUUCCUGCUUACCGCAUGUUUUAUUGGCCUUAGGAUUUCCCUUCGUAGCUCUUGGCGUGUGUAAAAACUAUUUAUGCAGUUUAUUGUCCAUUGGCUGAAGGAAAAGGAAGACUCCAGAUAAGCUACAACAAAGUUUCUCAACUGUGCGAUAUCCAUGAUAAGACACAUAUAGUUAUAUCACCAGGUUACAUUCUCUUACCAAGUAGCAUUUUUCUUGUCUUCGUAUUCAGUUCUGUUUUAUUUCUUUUCACUGUUUAGGACCCCAUGUAUGGGAUGGACAUCAUGACGAAGUGGAAGAACCUGCUAGAGGAAGGCCACCUGUCGCAUAGUGCCCAAGAUGCAACCUUAGACCCUUAUCACAGGUAUCUGCAUUAUCUCAUCUUUCCUCAAAAUUCAUAUAUUCUGCUAUUCUCCAAAGGUCAGGCACUCAUUUAUUUUUGUAGUUAAGAAGAUACCUUUUUUUUUGUAAAUAUUGGAGUUUUCUAAAGGCUAUUCACUCAACUUGAACAGCUGGAGAUAUAAAGAAGUUGGAGACAUUUUCCAGUUUUGUAAUAUUUUUUAAUCCCUCAUAAUUUUUACACAAUUCCCAACUCAGUGAAUACACCUUGCUGCUUUUCUCCUGCAGUUGGCAUUGCAGUGUACCCUUGUGUCCACCAGCCUCCUAUUCUUUAUACCCCCAUCUUCCUCCCCUAAUUAUGAAGAGAAAUGUUAAGUAAUCAGGGCCACUUAUAAACCAACUUUUUCCAAGCGUGGGGUUAGCUCACGCUGCGAUAACUGUCCUGCUAUUUGUGCUGCCAGUAUUUGUGAGGAAAUACUCACUAGGGAAAAUCCUGCUGGCUUCAAGCUGAAUUAAACAGAUCCUUUUUCUUUGUUAAGGCUCCUUUGGGAAAUGUGGAUUCCCUUCUUGAGAAAUAUCAUCUCCCAGUGGCAGCCCCGGAACUGCCCUCCUAUGGUAGACUUCUUGGACAGCUGGGUGCACCUCCUGCCUGUCUGGAUUCUGGAUAACAUCUUAGAUCAACUCAUAUUCCCUAAAUUACAGAAAGAGGUGAGUUUUCUUACUGAUCACAGGAGCAAUGAAGAAUUAAACCAUAUGAAUUGGUUGCAGCAAACUGUAAUUUUGUAGAGGGGGGCGAUUUCCUUAGGUCACAUUCUUGUGUUCUUCUGUUAAGGUUGAGAAUUGGAACCCUCUGACAGACACCGUUCCCAUUCACUCAUGGAUUCACCCGUGGUUACCCUUGAUGCAGAACCGACUAGAGCCCCUCUUCUCUCCAAUCAGAAACAAACUAGCCAACGCUUUGCAGAAAUGGCAUCCCAGCGACUCAUCUGCUAAACUCAUUCUCCAGCCAUGGAGGGAUGUAUUCAGCCCAGGAUCAUGGGAAGCUUUUAUGGUGAAGAACAUUGUGCCUAAGUUAGGUAAGGAAACAUAGUUGUGUUCUGCGUGUCUGCACACCAUAAUUAUAUUUAUAUUGUUACUAAGUGUAUUCUCCCGUGCUGUCAUCUGCAGGUUUGUGUAUAGGGGAGUUUAUUAUUAAUCCCCACCAGCAACACAUGGACGUCUUUCACUGGCUGAUGGACUGGGAGGGAAUGAUAUCCCAAUCCAGCAUGGUGGGGAUCCUGGAGAAACAUUUCUUUCCAAAAUGGUUACAGGUACGUGGCCCAGACUACUGCAGAACUCAAAAUUACCUCACUCUGUGGCUCUGAACUUAAGACAGCACAGGGGAGUGAAAUGCAUACUUGUAGUACUAGCAGGUUUUUUUUCAAAAGAGUGAAUUGAAUUGUUGUGAAUUCAAACUGCAUUUCAAAUUUCAGAUCAAAAUAGCCAAAAUGGAAAAUUAAGUCAACUUAAGUCAGGUUUAGCCUAAAAAACUAUUAUCUUUUUUGGCUUCACUUUUCAAAAAGUGGAACUUGCGAUGAGUGUCACAGUCUGUUUUCCAGUGUUCAUCUGGUGAAGCUUCCAUGUGUAAUAUUAUUAUAUUAUUUAUAAAGCGCCACCAAAUUCCGUAGCACUGUAUUAUGGGAAUUCUGUACUGUUGUUUAAUUGGAAUUCAAUAGCGUUGUAUUGUAACAUAUUCCUCCUCACCUUCUGUGCAUCUGUAUAACUGACUCUUGCAACAUAUUGAUGGACGCCGGCCUCUGCGGAUCCACGCCAAAUUAUACACGCACGUUAAUGGCGAUGUCGGCGUGCGCGUGAUGUCACGCAGGAGAUGCUUCCACGUUUUGGGGUCAAAGGCCGUUUUCCGCCAAUCAAAACUGUAAAGCACUUAUUUAAGCUCAAAUUUACUUUUCCUCAUUGCCCUGUCGUGGUUUCCCUAGUGGUUGUCUAAGAGUGUGUUCCUGAGCAUUUAUUUCUGGUUUUUGACUUUGGCUUUGUUUGACUUCCUUGUAUUCUGGUAUCCCUGACUUCUGGCUUUCAUUUAUCGUUGUGUCUCAUUCUGUGCCCCCGGACCUUGGAUUCUGACUAUUCUUUGGUAUGUUAAGUCUGGCCAUUCUAAGGCCCGGUAAGACGUGACCGUUUAGUCCUAGGUGUGAUACAAUUCUACGUGCUGUAUCAAUCCGUAAUCUUGACACGUAUAAUGGGAAUUUCUUAGCGAUGUGCAAUGGGAAUUCUGUAGCGCUGUGUAAUGGGAAUUCCCUAGUGCUGAAUAAUGGUUCUUAGGGUUUCACUUUUUCUGAUCUAAGCAGCCCAUUCUGAAACAUCUACAUCUCAAUCAUGGACUCUGGAAAUGACAUAUUACCAUUUGCCAAAUGUGUCUUUUCAUUUUCAAAUUUGAAAUCCGAGUUCUCUCAUUUAUUUCAAGUGGAAAAAUAAAACAGGACGGUUUGCAUAAUGUUUUUCUACAGUUAAAUGUUUAUACUUUGGUUAAAAAAAAAAUGUAUUUUGUGCUUAAACCGGAUCAUUUAUUCCACUGAUGAUGCAUGAAAUAUACAUUUUGUCAUGGCAAUUUCUCCCUCAAAUGCCUUACAGAAUGUAAACCUAUUAUUAUAAUGUAUACCUUGCUGGACUAAUUCCGUUACUGCUAAUUGUUCUAACCGAUUGUUGUCCAAAACAUUUUUAACAGUAAAUAUCCCUCCUAGUGGUGAAGUCGUUUGCAAUAGGAAGAAUGUUUUUAAACUAAAAAUGGUCUUUUUUUAAAAAAAUUUUUUUAUAUGAUUUAUUUAGUUUUCUUCUGGAAAUUAAAGGAAUUCUAUAGUUGAAAUGAAAACAAAGCAGUUUUCCUGGCAUUAUAGAUUUCUACGGUGAUUCUUACCUGAAUCCAGAGCAAUGUGUGUCGGCUCUGGGUCAGGCUCCGCUUACGCUCUGGAGGAGACCUAGGCUCGGCAGUGGCCGCGCUCGCAUUAGACCUCCCCAUAGGAAAGCAUCAAUCAAUGCUUUCCUACAGGGAACAAUAUGAUGCUGGAGGUCCUCGUGCACAAAGUGAGGAUGUCCAGCAUUAGAUUCAGGAAGCGCCCCCAGUGGUUGUCUGGUGGACAGCCACUGUGGGCUGUGUUUUACAUUGCACCACUAAGUGUAAAAGGGACCCAGCACCCAGACCGCUUCAUUGAGCUGAAGUGGUCUGGGUGCCUACAGUGUCACUUUAAUGCCAUGUAUGUUUGUUAUUCUAACUGUACAAUAAUCUUUGGAGCUAAUCAUUAUUUAUUGUGGAUUUUCACCUUUUCCCUUUUUAUGGUUGUUAGAAUAUUUCCCACCCUCACUGUCUUUUCCCCUUCAGCCGAAAUGGUCAGGUUAUCUGCUGCUUCAGGGUGAUGGAAUCAAUUCAAUGAGGCUGAAUAACCCUCCAAAUCAGGUCAAGAACUGUAAGGGGUAACUUUAAGAAAGUGACACAUGGAAGCACCAGAUGACAUGGCCAUUAAAAAAAAUUAGGCAGAUUCACUUUUACACUGUCUUUACUAAACCAAGAAUUAUGGGGAUUUGACAAGGAGGAUCAGACAACCGGUUAAUUCCAAUUCACCUUAGAAUAAAAUGUGAAAUGUUGGGAAUUCUAAGUGAAUAGAAACAUUCUCCAACUUCCACAAAAUGUAAAAUCUACUCUGAAUUCCCCGCAUUUCAAUCUUUAAUAACUUUGUCAGAAAAUAAUUAUAAUUGGCCAGUGGGGGGCCGGUGAGCAACUACAUUAAGUGCCAGGAGAGGUUCCCAUCUAUUGUAUUUGGCAUCUGGUAAGUCUGCUGUGUUUCCAGUUUGGUUGUUUUGGGCCAAUAUUUUAAAUUCCUGACAAUUCACACUUUAAUGGCUAACUCUGAACGGUCUUUCCCGCAUGGCUAUUUGGCCUAGAAUUUGCAAUUGUCUUGUUAGUUUCUCACAAUGUUCAGUUUAGCAAAAUAAAUCCUCAUUAGUUAACAAAAAUCCUGAAUAUUUUGUGAAGAUUAAAAGUGUAAAGGAAAUGCUGAAACUGAAUUUCCUUUUCCUUUGUCGCUGUAGGUCCUGUGCUCCUGGCUCAGUAACAGUCCAAACUAUGAAGAGAUCACAAAGUGGUACUUGGGUUGGAAGUCCAUGUUCUCAGACCAAAUAUUGUCCCACCCAGCAAUCAAAGACAAGUUUAACGAAGCUUUGGACAUCAUGAACCGAGCUGUUUCUUCCAAUGCUGGUAAGUGCUCUUAUUACCGCUGUCAUUGCAGCUUAUGUAUUCACCAGAGCUAAAUGAAUACUAAAUAGAAGGGGCAACCACCAUGUAUAGGCAUAUGCAUACAGAUCAAACUGGAAUUCAAAUCUUCCUUUCCUCCUUGGUAAGUAACAGCACGGGUAUUUUGAAGAAUAAAAUAAAAAAGAGUUGUCAGUUCACUCAAGGGAACAACGUCUGGAAAACAUAAUUUGUUAAACAUAUUGUGACAAGGACAUACAGAGAAAAACAUAAAACCAUAAAUAAUACCACUGGAAGAACGGUAAUGUAGAUAUGGGUAUUAAGGGCAAAAAGAGGGGAGGGCACAAACCCAGGUGAGUAAUAAAUGGAGAGGAGAUGAUACAUUUUUUGACUAUUUACUGCUUUAUAUAGUUCUAUCCCUAUCAACUUUACGGACCAAUUCAGGGGAAACUUUAGCAUCUUUUUGUACAUAGUUGUAUAUCCACUUUUUUUGUUUUUCACUGUAUAUAAAUACCAUAUCUGUGUUUUGUGUUUAAUACAAUUUGACUAUACACACAAUUUGUGUUUUUUUUAUGUUUAAAUAUAUUGAUAGCUCAACUCCAUGUUGAUAAUUGACACCCUCAGGUCAUACAAUUGCAUAUUAUCUUAGCUAAAAUUGAUACGUUUUUAUAGAAUUAGCCUCUGGCCAGGGCAAUUAGCAGUUCUCUCCUCUCCCUUUUAAAACCAUAAAUACACUGAUCAGCCACAAUAUUAAAACCACCUGCCUAAUAUCGUGUAGAUCCCCCUAAUGCUGCCAAAACAGCUCUGAUGCGUCAAGGCAUUGGUGUACAUUUCAAGUCUCAUUUAUUGGUAUUAGUACUAGUUAAUUGUUUGUGGGGUUUUUUUGUUGCAUUUUUGUUUUUUGCGAAAGAAAUACUGGUUUUAUAUAUACCUAAUUUAUUUAUUUGAUUCUUGAGCAAAUUAUUCUCUUUGCUUGGUUACAUGGUGACCUUGAGGCUGUGAUAUUCCUGGUGGGCAAACCACUUAACAUAAAUAGCGAGCAUAGAGAUGGAUUAUAACUAUGUUGCAGCUCCUAUACAGCUCCCUCUCUACAUAGUUAUUGUUUACACCCAACUCCAUAGGAACAACAUGGGCUACCAGCACUCCAUGUAGCAGCCAUGUUACAUGUGUAAAACUACAGUAACGGCAGCUGUUAGCAAAGAGAAUUAUACAUUCAUAUGAAGUUUAUUUGUCUGCAGUGGAAAAGAUUCCACUCCAGAUUGACCAAUUAGACUGAAACUCUGUUUCUGUGUUAUAUGAGGGAAUGUAAAGCUAUAUGUCUUUGUUUUGCUUCAUCAUUAGGUGUGUACAUGCAACCAGGGGCCCGGGAGAGCAUUGCUUACUUGACACAUACUGAACGAAGGAAAGAUUUCCAGUACGAAGCCAUGCAGGAGCGCCGCGAGGCAGAGAGCAUUGCACAGCGGUGCAUCGGAGCUGCUGCAGCAGCUGUACCAAUGAACUUCAAAGACCUAAUCCAAUCAAAGGCCGAGGAGCAUAACAUUGUGUUCAUGCCACUGAUCGGCAAACGCCACGAGGGGAAACAGCUCUACAAUUUCAACCGUAUUGUCAUCUACAUAGACCGAGGUGUUGUGUUUGUGCAGGGUGAAAAAACAUGGGUGCCCACCUCACUGCAGAGCCUCAUAGACAUGGCCAAGUAGCAUGAUACUCCCUGCCUCUCCUGGACACUGCAUACAGCGGAGAUUGAUCUAUCUGGAUGGCACAGGGUGUAUUGUACAGCAGAAUGAAUGCAACGUGUAAAACACUUGGGUACAGUGUCAGAUUCCGAAAAAAACAUCUUAUUAAAGCACCAAUGGUGUAAGGAACAAUAUGCCUGGUGUUUCCCAGAUUGCGUCCGGAUAUUGACAUUAUUUUGUAGUUUGAUUUCAUGCUCGGCCGUAACUUCCACAUACGGUAUUCAGCAAGACUGGACUUGAUGUUCUGUGCAGAGACUGUUUUUUUUUCUCCACACCUGUUUAUUUUGUACAUAUCCAAUGUGUAAUUUGUAAUAAUAGAGAUUGAUAUUUUGUUUGUAUUUUAAACACGAUUGUUUCCUGCUUUACAGCGACAGUAUUGCGUUAAAAUUAACAUGACCAGCCAAUAGGGAUUUCCACACCCCAAUUUUUGUAUGUAAAUAAUAAAAAUGUGAAAGAAGAAAAACACUCGCCUCUGAGCAGGUCUUGCAAUAAAUGUUUGGGCUCUUUCCUUCUUUAGUGAUGUGUGCCGGAAGAGGGAACAAGCCAAGUUGGCAAUGUGU